AUGUCAAUUCUCAUUCGGACGAGGUUUUUCAGUACGAGGUUACCCCGUUGUAGUAAUCAAUAUAUUAUAUUCUUCAUUAUCAUGUAUAUUUUGCUUAGUCAUUUUUCUUUUCCUUGCAAAGAACAAGAAGUUAUACCCUUAGAUAGGACACCGACACAAGCUACACUCAGCAUGGCCAUUUAUUUUAUCUCCCACAACAUCUACAUCAGUAUCAGACUUCCGUGCUGCGCAGAUGAAUAUGUUUCGAUGUUCUACGAUGACCUUAUCCUGCCGACGAUCAACAGUUACAAAGGCGCCCACAACGCGGAAAUCUGCUCGAUGCAUCAAGAAAAUCAGGAAAUAUCAGUAAGUUCUAUGCUAAUAUAGUGCUGGGUUUACCCGGUAAAGUGAACAGCUAUAGCUAAUAUGCACGAAUAAUAACGAGUCCUGGACAUGCGGCAGUCGCAGGUGCGGGGAGGUCGGUGCCUGAGUGCAACCUAGUGCGAGACUGCUUGCAGUAGUGCGCGCACGGUUCGAGCGAGUUACUAAAUCUGUCCAGCAGCUGGUGACCACGAGAGAAGAGUGAUAUUGCUCGAAUAGGAAUAUGGUCGACGUUGGUGCGUUGAAUGACUCGAAGCAUAAGGUGAAUCUGUUGAGAAGCUGCAUAAUUAAAAGGGGGAGCGCGUCCCAUCGCUCUCCCUUGCCGCUCCUUUCAUCUCCCGCCUGCUCUUAGCAGAAUAGUGGCUAUCAGACGUAAGGUGGACCCUUUGGUAGGAGUUAGCUCCCCGGUUUUUGUUUUUCUUUUUGGUUAUUUUUUAGCGAUUGCGGAACGCGGCCGAGGAUGGUGCACGGGGCGAAGGAGGGAGAACGAAGCAGCGAAGAUAAGAAAAGCGAGGCUAUUGCACUCCCAACAAUGAGUAACGUGUUGUACUUAGGGCUUUAACCCAGGAGGCAUCUACUUCUAGUUGUUCACUUGUCAGCUCCCUGCGCAUUAGUCAAGAGUAAGUAGGGCUGGCGGCCCUGCCCUCGUGCCUUGUAGGCUGGCGCAUAAGAGUAGGACGGUUGGCAGUCGGUGGCGGUUUACAUUACUUAACUAAUCGCCUCCUUUGCCCCUAGUUCUUUCUUCAUUUUAUAAUCGACGGGCUCGUAGGCAAUUUGUGUGUGGUUGUCUAAGGAGGUUAAUGCACUCCGCCCGUCGCCGGCAGGUACACCGGACAACACUGGGGUCACGCUUUCGGCGUUCUCGGAAUACAAACGGUGCCCUGCGAAGGCAACCUGAUUGAUAGUCCCGAUGGAUCGGCUUUGACUGCGCGUCGUCGAACAGUCCCUGUCUGAAGCCGCUGUAUAC